AUGGAUCCUUAUCAACUUAAGAAUUAUAUUCGACUGGAACCCCCAAUUAUCUAUAGUUAUAACUCAGUCAUUGGCAAAGGGAAUUUAGCAAAUGAAUUUACUUCCGGAACAGAACAAACGCCAACGCUUGAAGCAAUCAUAUUCGAUUUAGAGCAUUGGCAAAAACAAUUGCAGCUGAACAAUGCUUGUAUCAAUGCAAGCAAUUUUAUAACACCGCAUGAUGAUGUUCACCAUUCUUGGAUAUUGGGAAUACUGGAUUUUCCUAAAAACGAUGAUGCAACUGCUCUGAAGCAAUUUUUCUUGGCAUUAAAAAGGCAACCAGAUGGCCGAAAUCCGGAAUGGCCAUGGAAGCUGUGGCCUAAGAACAAAUAA